GUUAGCUUUCAUUUGUUUGCUUUUGUUUAAUUAAUGUCGGCAUUUGCAUAAAUACCCAUUCAAAUCGCUGGUGAUGUUUAAUCGGAUAAGCUACUUUACUGCGCUUAGUAAAUUUACUCAUCAAAUGAAAAAAAUUGAGUUUAUCGAUACCUUAUCGUUAUGUUGGACACAGUGCUACACUUAGUCCAUCGCUAAUAAUAAUCAAUAAACAGAGCAAUUUUGGGCUGCAAAAUAGCAAUUUUUUGUAUGAAAGAAAACUGUAUGCAAAAAGUGUUUGAUAAAGAUACGGUGAGUAAAACAUGUCCAACGAAAAAGUGGACGAGUGUGACAAAAAUCGGAAAGUAGAACACACAAAACAGACAACAAACAGUGGGUCACCCGAUGAGGAGUCGGAAUCGGAUGAGUAUCAAUCGGCGGGAGAGGGUGACGAUGAUGACGAUACAACAACAACAACAACACGAAAAACUGCCCCCGCACCUGCCCCAGUGCCCGACGAUUGUGUCGAGUAUCCAAUGCAUCGCAGCGUUUUCGAGAACGAUAUACGAACGCUACAGCGUCGCCUGCUUCUGACCACCGGUCCAAAAGAGUUGGCCGAAAAGGACAUGCACGGCAAUACGCCCCUUCACUUGGCCGUCAUGCUGGGUCGCACUUGCUGUGUCCGUUUGCUGCUGGCCAACAAUGCUCCCGUCAAAGUGAAAAACAAUGAGGGCUGGUCACCACUGGCCGAGGCCAUCAGCUACGGCCAUCGACAGACCAUUACCCAGCUGCUGCGCAUGCUGAAGCUGCAGUCGCGCGAGCACAUGGAAAGCCGUCGCGAACGACUCGUGCAGGCACUGCGUCAAAUGCAGGACUUUUAUAUGGAAUUCAAAUGGGACUUUCAGUCAUGGUUGCCGCUCGUCUCACGCAUUCUGCCCUCGGACAUUUGCCGACUGUAUAAAUGUGGCGCUUCAUUGCGCCUGGACACAACGUUAGUGGACUUUAAUGAUAUGCGCUGGGAUCGUGGCGAUAUUUCGUUUCUAUUUCGCGGCGAGGCAGCGCCCAAUGAAUCCCUAGUGCUGUUGGAUAAUGAACAGCAAUGCUAUCAGCGUCUGCGCUAUGAGGAAUCCGACAUGGAAGAUGAGGUGGAUGUGCUCAUGUCCACCGACAUAUUGGCCACCCAGAUGUCCACGAAGACAAUACAAUUUGCGCGCGCUCAACGCGGCUGGCUGUUCAGGGCCAAUCGCAAGGAACUGAUAGGUGGGCAAUAUCAAUGCGAAAUCUAUACCAUACAGGGGCUAGUGCUGAAGCAGCGCAAGCGGCGCGAACAUUUGUCCAACGAGGAUUUGCAAAAGAAUCGCGCCAUUGUCGAGACAAUCACCAAAGGCGGCAGCCAAACGGAUUCGAAUGCGGCAACAACGCCCACAACUGGCAGUACCCUAACAUUGCCAGAGCUGCCGCGUCGCAGCUCGCUGCAGCCGCCGCCCACCACAACGAUCACCUGGUCGGAGUAUAUAAAUGCGCCCGUGGGUAAAUGCCCGCCACUGGGACGUACACCGGUCAACAAACAGUCCAACAAAACACUACGCGCUACCGUUGCGAUGAGCGCCGAUUUUCCGCUCAGUGUGGACAUGCUGCUGGAUGUGCUCGAGGUGGUGGCACCGCUCAAGCAUAUCAAUAAGCUACGCGAGUUUGUCACGCUCAAGCUGCCCACGGGCUUUCCCGUCAAGAUUGAAAUACCCGUGCUGCACACGGUCACCGCCAAGGUGACAUUUCAAAAGUUUGAGUUUCGCGACAAUAUACCCGCCAAACUGUUCGAGAUACCCUCACACUAUUGGGAGGAUGUGCGACGCUUUCAGGACUUAUGACCUAGCGAUGAAUCAUCGUCGUCCUCGUCAGCUGCCAACACGCCCAGCGCCGUCAAGCAGAUCGAUUUGAAUCGCAACAGCAGAAGCAGGUGCAGCAAUAGCAACAGCAGCAGCAGCCGUGCGCCCAUUUCCGAAUUUGAUUAAAGCUGCAAACGCUAUCCACGGCAUCUCCGGUCUCUGCCAUAACGUUUGCCACGCCCAGACCAGACCAGCCCAGCCCAGCCCCGCCCAUGUUGAUCAUGUAUGUCACAAGAAAAUUGCAAUUUUCACCAUAAAUUAUCAAUCAGUUAAAUUAUCAACGUGUCCCCAUUUUAAAGAAGUCAUGUUUUUGUUUGUGUCAAUUAAAUUGUAACGCUCUGAAAAUUGCAAUUUCGGUUUAGAAAAAUUGAUGAAUUGAAUUUGUUAUGGACUGUUGACACAUGUUAAACGAAUUGCUAACAAUUUAAUAAUUGUUUCUCAAAAAAUGAGCAGAAUUUGUUAAUACAACAGGUGUCAUUGCUGCCUAACUAAUUGCGAAUCGGUCAUAUCGAUAAUACGAGCAGGGCUAAUUAUGCAUAAAUAUUGUCUGUCCUAUAUACAUACAUAUAUCUUGUGAAUAAUUCAUUGAUGUACAAGUAUUUAUUGGUGCACUGGGCUGAAGAGUUAAUUACUUAAACAUUCUUCAUAGAUUUGUUUUAUUACCCAAUUAUUUCUGACUGGUGCUGUAGCGCACCUUUUUCUUUAUCGAUAAUGAUUCAGGCUAGAAAUAAAGAUUAAGCGUACAAGUGGUCUGUUUAUCAGGUGUUUCGCAUUAUUAAUAGGCCAACACAUUGGUCAAAGAGAAACAACAAAUUUUUAAGCUUAUCUCAACAGUUUUUCGUAAAGCCCAAACACACAGAAACAAAAUCAAAAUAUAGCCAAAUUAAUGUUCAGUUGUUAA